AAAAAUAGCAAAGCACAACAUCACUUUCUGUUGGUCGAAUUUAACUACUGUAAGAGGAGGAUCUGGACAAGUGCCUGUUCUGUUUUUUCACAUCCCGGCUCCUGUUUAAGAUGUAUGACUAUUUCCUUUUCAUUCAACCAGGUUUAACAUGAAAAACAAAAACUACGAGAUUAAAACUAUUUUCCAAGAGUGACCCAGUGUAGGUACCAGAUGUACUGGCUAAGAAGGCAGCAAAGACAUUAUUUCACCAAUGUUAGACGAUACAAUAAGUCAUACACAACAAAGCACAUACUUACGCAAUAUAACAUUUAAAUCAUCUUAAAAUAUGAUUUCUGAUCUGACCUGCGCUUUCCCUUUGUGCAUGUAAAGCGAAUGUGAAACGCGAGUGGAUGCUGCCGACGUACACUUCCUAGCCACACCGAAGGGGGGCGGACGAGAGCACGCAGUUCCGCAUUGCUGCCGUUCUUCUUCGCACUCACGCAGGCAACUCGCUAGCUAGCGAAGUUGUUCGAUUUUGUCCCACCGUAUGGUCGGGAGCGAAAAUGAAUCCGAAACCGUACAAGGACUCCAAACAAUUAUAUUUGAAAAGCCCUGAUAAAGGAAGAUUUUAUUUACCGUUCACAGAUUUGAUUAAGAUGCAGAGCAAGAAGUAAAUGUAAACAGUCUUCAUCUAUAAGUGAAGGUGGCGCAAAGUCAAGCUUGACCGUCAGAACAAGGUCCGUUGGCCACCCUGGAGAUGAUCCGCUGCUGCUUGCAGGACGCUUGGCGCCGGAAGCACUCGUUUUGUGCCAUCACCACACAGCCUCCAAGUGACGUCUGUACAGCCAAUAUGGUGGCCGUCGCCUUCGUUCCCAUGGGGACGGGUUUACGAGCCGUCCUAAAAGUGCCAAUCGGCACGGCACGACGGAAAAAUCCUCCCAACCACGCGCAGACCUCGAAGCCAACACCAAACCUACUCAGCAUCCCUUUUGGAACGAGCAACACCGCGCCGGAGGAAAACGACGGACAACAAGAAGCGAUGUGGCAGGAGGCGAGCCGGGUCAUCGUGGUCCUGACGGUCGUCCUGGCGACAGCGGCGGAGCUGUCGGACGGCGAUGUCUCGGUCGUGCCUGAAUGCGGUGGCAGCAGUGGCCGCAUCCCAUCGGCGGUGGUCGACGCACAGCUGGCCGAGCGGAAUCAGAAGAGACACCUGAAGGCGCUCUUCGACAGGUAUGGUGAAAACGGGACCAUCUCCCUGGCGGGCUUGAACCGGCUGCUGCAAAGCGUGGGCUUGGACCGCAUCAGGAGCGUGGCGGCGCAGCACCACCACCACCACCACGAUCAUCAUCAUCAUCAUCACCACGACGACGAGGAAUCACAUGAGGUCCACUCCGAGACCCCCAUCGAGAGGCAACGGCGAAGCGUGGACGACCACGCCGCGGCCGACGCCGCCAGCACGCUGCUCGGCGAUGCCGGAUUGGUCAGCGACGGUCUGAUGAGCCUUGCGGGAAAUCACACGCAGGAUGAAAACCAUCACCAUGACGACCACGACCAUGACCAUGAGCAUCUUGAGUGUCAGAACGCGUCCAGCCUCUUAUCAUCGCACGGCAUGAGGCAGGAGGGCGAGGUGAGCCCGAACGACUUGGUCUUACUUUGCCCGGCGCUCCUGCACCAGAUUGACGCCGGCGCCUGCAUCCUCCACCAAGGCGACGACCAUCACGACCACGAUCACCAUGACGACGACCACGGCGAGAGCAGCAAAAGCAUCACAACAGCGUGGUUGGGCGGCUUCCUGUCCAUCACGGUCAUCAGCCUGCUGUCGCUUCUGGGCGUGGUGCUCAUGCCGCUCAUGAACAAAGUCUUCUUCAAGUUCCUGCUCAGCUUCCUGGUUGCGCUGGCCGUGGGCACACUCAGCGGCGACGCCUUUCUGCACCUCAUCCCCCAUUCUCAGGCCGGACACCAACAUUCCGAGCAUGACGCGCACGACGGGGAGGACCUGGACGGCAUGUGGAAGGGUCUGACGGCUCUGGGCGGCGUCUACUUCAUGUUUCUCAUCGAGCACUUCUUGACGCUGGGAAAAAUGUAUAAGGAAAGGAAGAAGAAGGAGAAGAAGAACAAGGCAAACCUGGAAAAGCCCCUGGCCCUGAAGGCAAGCGAGGACGUGGAACACAACGGCGCCGGGUUGUUUGCCGAGCGCCCCAACGAGGAUGGCGUGGCCGAGGAGGAGCAGGUCAUGCUGAAGAAGUCGUCGACGGAGGUGGAGGUGGCUCGGGGCUACUCGGCGGAGGACUGCGAGAACAAAUGCCACUCGCACUUCCACGACACGGUGGGCCAGGCGGACAGCCUGCACCAUCACCACCACGACUACCACCACAUCCUCCAUCACCACCACUCCCAGAACCACCACCCGCACAGCCACACGCACUCGUACCCGCAGCACCACUUCCAGCAAGCCGGUGUGGCCACGCUGGCCUGGAUGGUCAUCAUGGGCGACGGCCUGCACAACUUCAGUGACGGCCUGGCCAUCGGCGCCGCUUUCAGCGAGGGUUUGUCCAGCGGCCUGAGCACAUCUGUGGCCGUUUUCUGCCACGAGCUUCCUCACGAGUUAGGCGACUUUGCGGUGCUGCUGAAGGCGGGCAUGACGGUGCGGCAGGCCGUCCUCUACAACAUGCUGUCGGCCACAACGGCCUACCUGGGCAUGGUGACGGGCAUCCUGAUCGGCCACUACGCCGACAACAUCUGCAUGUGGAUCUUCGCCCUCACCGCCGGCCUCUUCAUGUAUGUGGCGCUCGUGGACAUGAUGCCGGAGAUGUUGCACAACGACGGCGGCGAGGGCGGCUUCAGCCACUGCGGCUACUUCCUGCUACAGAACGCCGGCAUCCUGCUGGGCUUCGGCAUCAUGCUCGUCAUUGCUGUCCUCGAGCACCGCAUCCAGCUGGACUUCCACUUCUAGCCGUCGGGCCAUGCCUCCUUCCUUUCUCGUCGUCUUCUUUCUUCCGCCCGCCCCUUUUUUGCGUUGUAGUUCUUUGUGAUGGGUUACUCUUUUAAAGCCUCUCACCAAAAGCCGACGGGCCAGAUUUACGGCAGCUGAUGACACUUUCGUCUUCACAACCUCCAAAUGUGAUUAGAUCGUCCCGCUUCUGGCAUAUGAUAGGUCAAAAUGUUACACUUGAAAUUGUAUUUUUUUUUUUCUUUUCUAAACUUAAAAGCGUCACUCUUUUUUCUUAUUUAACUUGUAUAUUUUCAUGUUUUAAAUUCCUUCGGGGUUUCUAACUCUUUCUUUUUUUUUUUGUAGUUGUGGUUUCCCUCAGGAGGCCAUCUUAAUUAUGAAAUUGAUAUCAGUGUUGAAUCACCUCCUCAUUAUGUUACAAAAUUGAUCCGGUAUUGAAUUUUUUUGCCUUGAGCAACGACCCGACUUGAACGUUUUUUUGGGGGGGGGUGAUACGAGCCACCAUUUGGCUGACUUUUUUUUCCUUCUUGUUGUUUUUGCUUUUUAUGCCACUCCCAGCUGAAGUUUACUCAUACGCAACAGAAAACAAAGAUAAUUACAUAUUUCAAAGAACCACGGUUUAGCCUUACAGUCCUCUGGCUUCAUAACAAUAAUUAGCAUCUAUGAUGCAGCACUAUAACCCUAAAGCAAUGGAAUGGACCCGAAAGAGGCAACGGUACUUGUAUAUUCUUUAUCCUCUGCGUAGAUGCGUUAGUGCCGCACCGAUGAGCCGAGAGAGGACUGUAGGUCUGCACCAGCCCCUGUCCCCAGGUGACCAAAGAAGGCACACCGGAAAGAGCAGCGUUCACUUGAUCCAAUGUGACAAAAGCGGUGGAAUUCUUUCGAAUUCAUUUCUGUCAUUACUGUCUGUAACCUUCAUCAUUACGGCGAGCCAUUUUUUUUUUCAGCACAUGACAACAUUCCACGGGUAACUCAAGGUUUUCACGACUGAAUUUGAAAUCUGAAGUCAUAGAAAGUAAGGACAACUGAAUACAAAUCCUAUUGUUUUAAUGUUUUGAACAACUGAGGUGUUUAAACGGGAGUUGGUAGUAAAAAAAAAUAAUAAAAAAUGUUUGUAGAAAUGGAAGACAAAUACCUGCCAAACGAUGAUAGACGUAUCUCUGGGUCAAAAGUGUUUUUUUUUUUUUUUUUUUUGUGUCAAAGUUGUAUGAGAGCCA